AUGAACAAGUUGGUGAAGAGUGCCCACGUGGAUGCAAACACACCGCUUCAUCAAUUUGCAAAGCAAAUGAUGAAGCUCCUGCAUAGUAGGAAGAUGAAAGAGGCCAAAGAGACACUAGGAUGCAUGGGUCAAAAGGAUACAACUACAUUGUAUAUGUUUGAAAUAAGAGUUGCAAGGGCAUACACUAGAGCUGUGAUGACAAGGUUUCAGGAGACAGUAAAAUAUGCAACUGCAUACCGAAUAGACCGUGAUACAGAGGGUGAGGAACAUGAUUGGGUGGUGAAACAUACUACAAGAUCAAAUAAAAUUGUUUGGGGUCAACACCAAUUCAAGAUAAGGGCUGAUGUGGAUGCCGGAAAGUAUUCAUGUGAGUGCAAGCAUUGGGAGCAUACAGCUCUAUUUUGUGUUCAUCUUGUACGCGCUUUCAUGCAUCUACAAAUUGAAAGGAUCCCAAGUGAGUAUAUUUUGCAACGAUACACAUACUCCGCGCAUCAAGAUGUGGCUUUUUCAAGAGACGAUAGGAAUUUGAAAGGAAAAGAUGGAGAAACUAGAUCAUAUAGACAGAAGAUGUUGCUUAAAAAAGCAAUGAAAGUAGUACACCAUGCGAGUCUGUCUAAAGCUGGGAAUGAUAAAGCCCUAGAGAUGAUGGACGAAUUAUUAGGGUUAUUGAUGCGUGUGGAGCCUGAUAUAGGUACUGGUGAGAGUUGUGGCACAAGUGUUUGCGAUGACAUCCAGGUCGAAGCGUAUGAAACAGAAGAAAUGGCUAUAGACAACUUACGCAAAUUAGAUGAUGGGAACGAGGAAAUUUUAAUGGGCUCUAAUACAAAUGAAUGCAAUACUAAGGAUGAUCAAUGUAAUAUGCAGAUAUUAACAUUGGAACAUAACACUGACAUUCGGCUGGUUGAGAGUAGUUCUAUGGAUGUGGAAGCUAGAAAGAAACUGGAAUUUCAUAUGGAAGGUGUAAACUUAACAAGACCAGAUAAGGCCAAGCCUAAGGGAAGAACAAUCAAAAGUAGUGAGCAACAAGUUUUAAAAUUGGGUGCGAAAGGAGCUAAGAAGAUGAGCAGGAAAUGCCAGAAAUGUGGCAUAGCUGAUGGUCACAACAGCCGUACGUGUUUAACUGUCGAGGAUAAUAGGGUUCGAUUGGCUAACCUAUCUGGACGUAAGCGAGGACGGCCUCCUGGUUCAAGGAACAAACUCAUAGCUGCAGCCCCGCAAUGGAAUGAGACAUCAACGUCGAAAAAAAGAACGGUGGAUGUCGGAGAUGAUGAUUCAUCUGGUAGAGAGUAG